AGAAGCCUCUUCUGUAAACAGUGAUGCAGCUUGCUUUUGUGCUGUACUUGUGCUUCAGAACAGUAGAAGGAAUAAUACGACAACAGAUUUUUAUCAGAUCAGAAGAGGAUAUUUUCACAGAGUGUUCGGAUAGUUUUCCCGCUUUUUCAGCACAACAUUGCUUAUUGGAAUGCCUGUCUGUAGUUGAAUAUCCAGGUCCUCGAAUCUGGAAGAAGGAAUUAAAGACAUGUAUAUGUUGUGGAAGUGCGUUUCCUGGCUACAAAGUCAAUCUGACGAGUUUCCCUGUCAACGGAGUUAUCGGUUAUACACCUAGGCCAGAGCCAUGUAUCAAGAAUUACAGACUGUUUUUCAUUGGUUCAGAGGUGGCUUGUUUGCGGUAUGAAAUCAACACUGUUACGUACCCUGCUGCUCUGUCCAGCUGUCAGUCAGAUGGAGGAAAUCUUAUUAAAAUUAACUCUCAGAGCAAAAAUGAACUUAUCAUUCAAUUUAUUGAUCUUUAUGGAAACAACGCGCAGGAUAUUUGGCUUCAGGGAAGACUGUUCAAUUCAAGUUGUAUCUGGGUGUUUGAGGACAAUACUGUAAUAACAUUCAAUUUUUGGAACAACAGUGUACCAAAAUGUGAUCUGACUCAACCACACAUAAGGGCCAGAGCCGAUAGAGGAUUCCUUUGGUUUGACAGGAUUUCCUCUGAUCCCUUUGCUUACAUCUGUGAAAUGGAUCCGUCUUUUUAGCAUUAUUUGAAAUGUGCCUGUGUCUAAAG